AUGUACGAUUCACGAGGUUCGAAGAAGGGUGUUCCUCGCUUAUAUGUACGAUUCACGAAGUUCAAAGAAGGGUGUUCCUCGCUAAUAUGUACGAUUCACGAUGUUCGAAGAAGAGUGUUCCACGCUAAAAUGUACGGUUCACGAGGUUCGAAGAAGGGUGUUCCUCGCUUAUAUGUACGAUUCACGAGGUUCGAAGGAGGGUGUUCCUCGUUAAUAUGUACGAUUCACGAGGUUCGAAGAAGGGUGUUCCUCGCUUAUAUGUACGAUUCACGAGGUUCACGAGGUUCGAAGAAGGGUGUUCCUCGCUUAUAUGUACGAUUCACGAUGUUCGAAGAAGGGUGUCCCUCGCUAAUAUGUACGAUUCACGAGGUUCGAAGAAGGGUGUUACUCGCUAAUAUGUACGAUUCACGAGGUUCGAAGAAGGGUGUUCCUCGCUUAUAUGUACGAUUCACGAGGUUCAAAGAAGGGUGUUCCUCGCUAAUAUGUACGAUUCACGAGGUUCGAAGAAGGGUGUUCCUCGCUUAUAUGUACGAUUCACGAGGUUCGAAGAAGGGUGUUCCUCGCUUAUAUGUACGGUUCACGAGGUUCGAAGAAGGGUGUUCCUCGCUUAUAUGUACGAUUCCCGAGGUUCAAAGAAGGGUGUUCCUCGCUAAGAUUUAUAGUCCACGAAGUUCGAUGGAGAGUCAUCGUUGCUAA